CCAAGGGUGCUUCCUCGGGCUGCAUCUCUGAGCCCUGUCGCCCAUCUGCACAUGGCCACAGCGCAGGUGAGGGGGCAGCAUGGCCCAGCCCGGGCCCCCAGCCCCCAGAAGUCCCCCGUGGGGGUCAUGGCUCCCAGCAGUGGUGCUGAGGGACAACCCUUGACCAGGAGGAGAAGCAAGAGGGAGAGGGGGCUCCAAGGGUCCCGGAAAGGCGCUGACGGUUCUGGGAAGCAGACCCCCAUCCAGUGCCCUGAGGCCUCAGGGGGCAGCAAGAGCCCCUCGAGGACAGGAGGACAGGAGGAGCCAGCCCCUGCAGCCCCCAGGCCGGCCUCUCGUCGCCAGUCCCACCGUCAUCGUCCUGCCCCCUGGCAGGAUGCUGCUCAGAAGACAUAUGGGCCCCUGCUCAACCACAUCUUCGGGAAGGAUCGAGAGCUGGGCCCCGAGGAGCUGGAUGAGCUACAGUCCGCCUUCGAGGAGUUUGACACUGACCGUGACGGCUACAUCGGCUACCGGGAUCUGGGCACCUGCAUGCGGACCCUGGGCUACAUGCCCACGGAGAUGGAGCUCAUUGAGGUCUCCCAGCAUGUCAAGAUGCGAAUGGGUGGCCGUGUGGACUUCGAGGAGUUUGUGGAACUGAUGGCCCCGAAGCUGAGGGAGGAGACGGCACACAUGCUGGGGGUGCGGGAGCUGCGCAUCGCCUUCCGAGAGUUUGACAGGGACAGGGAUGGACGAAUUACAGUGGCAGAGCUGCGACAGGCUGCACCGGCUCUGCUGGGGGAGCCGCUGGCGGACCCUGAGCUGGAGGAGAUGCUCCGAAACGUGGACCUCAAUGGGGACGGCACCGUGGACUUCGAUGAGUUUGUGAUGAUGCUUUUCACCCACUGAGGCUCCAGCAGGGUUCAUGCCGCACACCCUCCCCCGAGGCCCCAGGAUGGAAGAGACCAGCAGGCUGCUUCUGCCCGACACCACCUGGCUGGCAGCUUGGCUUGUCCCCUGACCACCCCCAUCUUCAUCUCCUUCCCACCCGAGGUGCUAAGAGAAAACCCACGCUCAACUGCCUGUCAUUCCCCAGGAUGAGCAAGAUUGGGGUCUCUCCGGUCCCUCGGCGGGUACGGAGCUACCUGGCACGGGCAGCAUUAAAAAAUGGGGCAGUUUUGCCCUGG